AUGAAGAAAGUGACUCUGCGAAAAAAUACCCUCCAUCAUAAAACGCUUUUGCGGAGGAGGAAUAAUAUUCUCGGAUCAGCUAAACUGAUACAACAGUUCGAUGAUCAGUACGAAGAAACUCAAGUGAAUCAAGUGUCGUUGAGGAUUGCUCGCCUCGAUGAGCUGUGGAAAACAUUUGAAGGCGUGCAGGACGAAAUAGAAGUGAUUGAAGACAAACAAGAAGACUUUGCGGAAUCACGACAAGAAUUUCACGACUUGUAUUUUGAGUUGAAGGCUUCGUUAACGAGUAAACUUCCUCGAAAUGAUCCUGUCCCUGGCACUCCAGUUCCCCAAAUAGCACAACAAAUCGCGCCUCCGGUUCAUCAAGUUGUGUCGGUUAAACUUCCGGAGUUGAAGUUGCCGGAAUUUGAUGGCCAACCGGAUCAGUGGAUCGAGUUUCGAGAUUUGUUCAAAUCGGUAAUUCAUUCCAACGUGCAAUUGUCGGCCGUGCAAAAACUACAUUACUUGCGCAGCAGCUUGAAAGGUGACGCUUCUCGUCUCAUAUCGUCCAUUGCGAUCUCCGCGGACAAUUAUGCGAUCGCAUGGAAAAUUAUAAGUGAUCGGUUUGAGAACACGGGUUAUCUGGUGAAACAGCAUAUGUCUGCAUUGUUCCGUGUACCAUCUGUGCGAAGGGGCUCUGCUUCUGCUCUGUCCGAAUUGGCGGACGAGUUUAAUCGCCACGUUGGAAUCCUUGACAAGCUCGAAGAUGAGGAUGCGCAUUGGAAUUCGUUUCUGGUGGAGCGCCUAAGCAGCCUGCUCGACGAAAGGUCUCUCCUGGAGUGGGAGACUCAGUGCAAAGAAGAAGAAGUGCCGCAAUAUUCCGUUUUGCUUGAGUUCAUACGAAAAAGAUCGCGUACUUUGCAAAAGUGUUCUACGGCAAGUGGCUCUUCGUCCAACGUACAAGUGAAACCCAUAAAGGUUAAAACCACCUCCUCUCACGUUGCCUCCGAAAAUGUGGUGAAAUGUCUGAGCUGUAAACAAGCUCACUCGUUGGUACAGUGUGAGGCGUUUAUCAAGCUAAGUGCAAACAAUAGAUUUGAUUUUGUCAAAAAACACCGGUUGUGUAUUAAUUGUUUAAGAGGUGGUCAUAUGGCUAAGGAUUGCCGUGCUAGUUUUUGUAGAACGUGUGGGAAGAAGCACCACAGUAUGUUACAUCUGCCAGCACAGUUGUCGACUUCAGCAGUCGUUGUAACACCGAGUGAAGAACAAUCACGAAGCACUUCCCAAGUGUACACAGCUAUUUGUUCUGUACCCACCACUACAUCUCAAUCGGACAUUGCUUAUUCGGUCGUGAACGCACCGCCGGUGGUGCUCACAAGUACAUUACCCCAGGCAAUUGUGUCGGUUUCGCAAAACGUUUCGUCACCUCUCGUCGCGAUCGAUGCGCCCCUCCCUCCGUCGCCGGUUGUUUCGUACGAAUCUGAACCACUUCCAUACUGCACCCAGCAGCCAGCUACAUCAUUAACACAGGCAAAUAAUACCUUUGAAAGUAUUGUGUUCCUAUCGACAGCCGUCGUUCGAGUUCGAGACGUAAACAAUGUGUACCACUUUGCACGUGCUCUAUUAGACAGUGGGUCUCAAUCGAAUUUUGUGUCCGAGUCACUUUGUCAGAAAUUAGACAUCAAACGCUCUCGAGUUAACCUCCCUGUCAGUGGUAUAGGGCAAUCUACCGUAAACGUUCACUACAAAGUACAGAUCGCACUUUCGUCACGCUUUGGCGGAUUUGAGCAACAGAUAGACUGCUUGGUUCUACCGAAAUUAACCGUUAGUCUCCCAAGUCGUAGUGUGGAUAUAUCUCGCUGGACCAUUCCGCGCCAUUUGCCACUGGCUGAUCCGAGAUUCAAUAUUUCGCAAGGAGUCGAUCUCAUUGUUGGAGCUGAAUUAUUUUACACUCUUCUCGAAUCUCAAAGACUAACCCUUACUGAUGGAUAUCCUAUUUUACAGAAAACCGUAUUGGGAUACGUGGUCUCUGGAAAGGCUACUGCUCAUGUGCCUGAGACGGUGGUGUGCCACGUCGCUGUUGAUCAAGACCUCAAUGCUCAACUGGAACGAAUGUGGGAGGUCGAAGAUUUCGAUGUAGGACGUGCACUUACGCAGGAGGAGCAACAGGUAGAAGAGCAUUUCAUUCGCACGGUGACCCGUGAUAGCAGUGGACGUUACAUGGUGCGGUUACCGCUCAAAGAGUCUCGUGUCCCAUUCCUAGGGGAUUCCUACAAGCCUGCUGUGAACAGAUUUUCGAUUAUGGAGAGACGUUUCGCCAAGGACAACGAGCUGCGUGUGGCGUACACACAAUUUAUGGAGGAAUAUAUAAAACUGGGGCAUAUGGAAGAGUGUUCUCGCGGCGCGGGCCCGCAGUUUUGUCUCCCGCAUCAUGCUGUACGUCGACCAGAAAGCACGACCACUAAAACCAGAGUAGUGUUCGAUGCCAGCAGCAAAUCGCAUGGUCAAUUGUCGCUGAACGAAGUCCUUUUCACUGGUCCAACGGUUCAACCAGCUCUGCUCGCCGUGGUAGCGAACUUCCGGGUACCCAAGUACGUAUUCUCUGCCGAUGCCGAGAAAAUGUUUCGGCAAGUGUGGAUGCAUCCGGAUGAUCGAAAAUUUUUGACGGUCGCAUGGCGAUCGGAUCCGUCACUACCGUUGAAGUUCUAUCAGCUGAAGACCGUGACGUAUGGACUUGCCUGUUCCCCUUAUCAAGCCGCCCGUGUAUUGAACAAGCUCGCUGAGGACGAUGGGGAUCGAUAUCCACUAGCCGCACCAAUAGUUACGAAGUGUUUCUAUGUGGAUGAUGCCCUUGCUGGAGGAGAUGAUCUGGACGAGGUUGCAGAAAGUUGUCGUCAUCUACAGGAACUUCUCGCUCGAGGGGGGUUUACUCUACGUAAGUGGUAUGCUAAUGAUUCGAACGUGUUGUGUCAUAUACCUAGUGAACUCUGCGGAACCCCUGGUCCAACCGAAAUAGGACGAGGCUCAAUAACAACAGCAUUGGGGCUGAUAUGGAAUCCAUGCACAGAUCAGCUCAGUUUCCAAGUCCCGGAUUUGGGGAACUUGCAGGUCGUUACCAAGCGGACGGUGGUGUCGGAAAUGUCAAGACUCUUUUACCCGCUAGAACUUUUGGGGCCAGUGGUUAUCAGCGCAAGAAUAUUCGUCCAAGGAUUAUGGGCAAGGCAACUCGCUUGGGAUGAAGUAUUGCCAGAACAAGAUGCACAGUGGUGGCAGGUAUUCCGCGAUGAAUUAGCGCAACUAAAGAAGAUUACAGUCUCUCGUCACGUUGUCCCCAACUGUCGCCAAGAUUAUCAGUUGCAUUGCUUCUGCGAUGCGUCGUCGAAAGGCUACGGAUGUUGUAUAUAUGUGGUUGGACCAAAUGUUGGAGGCAAAAUCGAAAGCAAGCUACUGAUUGCCAAGUCACGAGUCGCUCCUCUACGCGGAUUGUCCAUUCCAAGGCUAGAACUAUGUGCGGCCGUUCUUGGCAGCCAGCUGAUUCAUAACCUGCGUACAACUACGGACUUUCAAGGCCCUGCGGUGUUUUGGUCUGACAGCACCGUUGUAUUACACUGGAUCAAAUCACCUCCGAAUGAGUGGAAGGUAUUCGUCUCCAAUCGUGUGGCGGAGGUGCAACGUCUCACUCGAGGACUACCGUGGAACUAUGUCCCGACCGAGCUUAACCCUGCGGAUCUCAUAUCGCGCGGGAUAAAUCCUAGCCAAAUUAUAGAUGAUCGGAUGUGGUGGUAUGGACCACCAUUGCUAACUAAACCGACUAUGACUUGGCCGAAAUUUCCAUCGAAUUCAUCGAUAAGCCAUAACAUUGAGCAGGAGAAACGUGCAGUCGUCGUGCUUACUACUACCGAAAUCGAUGAUUCCAUAUUCGUAAGAUAUUCGGAGCUAGGGAAGCUAUUGAAAGUGGUGGCCAUGUGCAUUCGAUUUGGUACUAACUGUCGAUGCCCGAAAGCAGUACGAGUUUUCGGGAACCUUACUCCUGCAGAGAUCGACAGGGCGUUAAAAUCCAUGGUACGCCUAGCUCAGGUGAACAGCUUUCCCUAG